AUGAAGAUCAUCUCCAAGGAAGAGGAAGACGCCCACUUCAAGGUCGUCCUCAAGGGUGGUCUCAUCGGCGGCUCCGUCGGCCUCGCCCUCGGUCUGGGUGGUGUAAUCGCCGGCUCAAAGCGCUACCCCACCAUCCGCAACCUCACCCUCCCCUUCCGCUCCUUCCUCGUCACCUCGACCGGCACCUUUGGCGCCAUCGUCUGGGCCGAGAGAUACUCCAUCGACUUCCAGCGCUCGCACGAUUCCAUGUACAACUACAUGGACGCCUCCCACAAGGCGGCCGCCGAGGCUCGCGCCGCGGCCAAGAGUGACACGGAGAAGCUGAUGGAUUGGGGACGGGAGAACAGGUACUCUAUUGUGUUCACAUCUUGGAUUGCGGCGAUGGGUCUCGCGCUGGCGAUGGUGGGGAAGAAUAAGUAUCUGAGCGGAAGCCAGAAGCUGGUGCAGGCGAGAAUGUACGCCCAGGGGUUGACGCUGGCGGUGCUGAUUGCUACCGCCGCGUUUGAGACGGCAGAUGCGAAGGCGGGCAAGGGGAGGUGGGAGACUGUUAUGGUUGUUGAUCCGGAGGAUCCGGAGCACAAGCAUCUGAUUGAGAAGAGGGUGAGGAAGGAGGAUUAUGAGGGGCAGAACUUGUGGCAGGAUAUGGUCGAGGCUGAGGAGCGCAGACUGGCCGAGCAGAAGAAGCACGUGGCUGCUCUUGAGAAGAAGGAGAAGGCCCCUGCUUCUUAA